GGCUUCAUGCACUCACUUCAACGAGGGUGUAGCAGUGUCCGUCUUCCAUCCAUGCGGCCAGCCAGCCCAUUCAUUUCACCUUACAGAAACGAACGGACCCGGCAGCCAAGCCGAUACGCAACAAAACACCAGACAGGCAGGCAGACAGACAGACAGCAACCGCAACCCACCACCAACACCAACACCGACCCCCACAAUCUCUUGUCAACAACCACAGGAGCAUGUAGGACUCUGUCGUAAGAAACCAAACACCUCUGUCUUCACCGCACCCUCUCUCACACACGCCCUCACACACACACACAGAUGCACAGACGCACACAAAAAGCAUUAGAGAUAAAAGCCUCGACGCAAAACAACAACACGACAACACAACACAUGGAUGGAUGGCAUGUGUGGAUGGGAUGGAUGUACCAGUAUGUAUCUAUCUGAUGAAGGGGACGACAGUUAGUGGAGUGAAUUGCACAGUGUUUUGAUUGAUCAAAAACGGACCUGACUACUAUCUAGUAUCUUUCUUUCUCUCUGUCAAUCAUCUAGUAAGUCUGUCUGCGACACACGGAUGGACACCACACAUCACCACACCACGUCACACGACAGGCAGGAACCAUGCAACACCACCACCACCAACGACACGGCCCAUUUUUUGGCCGCUGGCUGAGCUGCCCUGCUCCUACACAUGCACCGCUCUGCACUCCCCAUCCAUCCCCAUCUCCAUCGCCAUCGCCAAUCCCUGCCCUCUCUCCCGCUCCGCCCGCUCCCGGUCCUCCUCUUGGUUGACCAUCCGGAUGAGCGCCACAAUCGCGCUCGCAGCCGCAGCGGCAUCCACCACUAUGUCCAGCGGGGCGCACACCACCCCCUGCCCGUCCUCCCCGGCCCACUCCGACGCGAACCGAGGGCCCAGCUCCUCGAGGGUGCGCUGCACAUCGCACUGGGUGGGGACGUCACGCUCGCGGUCGGUGUCCAUGGGACCGUCGCCCACCUCGGACGCCUCGGCGGUGUCUGGCAGGGGCUGUUGGUGGUGGUCGCUGCCGGCGCUGCUGCUGCUGGCGUCUGUGUCUCCGGCGAUGUCAGAGGGCAUCUUGUUGUCCCUCAUGUCUUGCAGGAUGCAUUUGAGCUGAGGGGGGGAGGAGGUGACCGACGAGAGGCAGUCGGACGACGAGCAGGUCAGCGGGGGGCUGCCUUUCAGGGAGGCGGAUGACCCGAACGUCGUGCUCAUCGAUGCCAUGCACUUGGGCUUCCGCCACGCGCCGCCAGCCUGCACACAGCACACCACAGGUGACACAUCGUCUUGAUGGGAUGGAUGUCUUUGCCUUCGCGCUUUUUCUGGCGCACCUGACAGGUUCUGCUGGCGAUAGAUGGGUCAGGAGACAUGGUCGCCGUUGUCCCAGGGGAGUCGUUCUUGGCCACCACGCCCCCCAUCCGCCCCUUCUCCACAUCCAGCGGGCCCCACUCAGCACCAUCGGCAUUGCUAUCCCCCUUCAGCCGCCCCUCACUGCGUGUGCUGCGGCCAGUGAGCUCCUGGCAGCUGGCCGCAGGGUCAGGAAUCCCCGACGGGCAAUGGUCGUCCACGUCACUCCCACUGGCAUCGCUUUUGUUGCUGCCGCCCCCGCCCUCCCCCUCUCCCUCUCCCUCGUCAUACGUGUCAAUGGCCAGCUCUGGCAGCACCAGUGCGUGCAGCCGCGGGCGUGUGGGCAGGUAGGAGGGAGGGGUGGGGGGCGCUGAGGAAGAGAUGUCGGCUGCAGGGAUGGUGGAUGUGCUGGGCGAGAGGGGCACCACACACACUGGCCGCGGCCCUCCUGUUCCAUGAUCGUGGUCAUCGUGGUGAUGGUGGAUGAGGCUCACGCCGGACGACCCCUCGUCACUCCCGCGUUCGUUCACACCUUCCGUGGCCUUGGAAGAGUCGUCGCUCGCCGGCUUGUCCUCCUCCUCCCGCUGCUUCUUCUUGUUGUCCUUCUGCAGCAGCAGCAGCUGCGACAGCACCGUGUGGGCCUGUGCCGCCGUCCAUCGGUCGUCUCGCUUGAGCUGCUGCAGCCCCACCAUCACCGGCACCACACCGGUGAGCGGCGCGGGCAGCCGCAGGUUGUGCGACGGGGGGACGGCUGGCGGCGCUGAUGCUGGGCCGAGAGGGGGUGUGGCGGGGGGUGUGGAUGGGAGGGUGAAGAGAAGCUGAGUGAUGCGGAAGAUGACCUCUCCGAGCGCCCAUGCGUCGUCUGCUUUGGACGCAAAGUAGGGCGGCCGGUUCACGGGGGUGCCCGACAUGGUGUGCAGACGCUGCGCCACAUCCUGCUCGGGCGAAAUGUAACCUGUCCCAACAAAAUGGACAGCGCACAGACAAACAUUAUGUCACAUGAGACGCAGUGGUGCACUGACCGAUCUGACUGACCUGCCGUGGCGUUGCCUUCGAACGGUUGGCCCUCCUCGACAAGGCCGUCGAAGUCCGUCAGCUCAACGUGGUAAGUCCAGCCCGUCUCGCCCGAGGGGGUGGUGGUGGAGGCAGAGGGGGACGGCGGCGGGCCAGUCACGUCGAACAGGAAGUUCUCCAGCUUCAGGUCCGUGUGCACCAGGCCACGACCCCCUGCAAACCACAAAGAGUCAUCUCGUGUUUGUGGCAUCGGUCCCCUCUCUCAGCUUACGUGUGGUGGCUGUCUUGCCCUUGCUGUCCCUUCUCCCAACACCGCAAGGCACUUUGCCGUCGUGCUGGCGCGGCACCGGCCGAUUGGCGUCGUGAAGGGCCCUGACGGACCGGCAGAUCUGCUCGAGCAGGUGAAUGGCCUUGGACGGGUUCUGCUGCAGAUCCCGUCGGAAGGCCCGGCAGUGGGGUGAGAACAGCAAGUGGCGGAGGUCGCCAUGACGCCGACGGUAUAUCGCAAGACCUACAACAAGAAAAGGUGAGAAGGUAGGAUGAGCGGCCUCAUGUGUCUUGUCUGCCUGGAGCUGACCUUUCAUCUCGCAAGCCAGCCAGGCCUCCGGCCUCGCCAUGCCCGGCAGCCCCUCGAGCGGCCCGUGUGGCGCCACCAUGGCCAUGGCACGGGCAAACAGCCGCUCCAGCCCAUACUUGGACGACUGCACCAGGUACUGCGGCGCAUCGUGUCGGUCAUGGUGCACCGUCACGCCGUUGCUCUUGAUGGCCACGAGCUCCACAAACACGCGGCCGAUCUUGCAGUAGCCCUCGACACUGGCCAGGGGCGGCGGGGGCGGCACCGGGACCGACAUGUGCGUGGGCGACACGGGCGAAGAGAAUGAUGUCGGCGUGCGGUCGAGCAGCUGGCACCCUCCCGGCUGCUCGUCCUCGUCUGUGUCGACCUCGAUGCCCUUCCCACCGCAUAUACGCUUGGCCACCCAUCUGAGCCUGCUGCUGGUCUUGCUGCGCGGCGUCACGACGCUCAUCUGCUGCAGCAGCGCGUCCCCAUUGCACGACGGCGGGCGGCUGGGGGGCGACAACGGCGGCACAGAGCCAGGGGGGGCCGACGCGAUGGUGUACUUGGUGUCCGAGCGGAUGAUCUCGAAUGGCGAGGGGCACGACGGCCGCCGCUUGUCCAUCUGGGCAGAGGGGGCGAGGGUGAGCAGAUGCAGGUGGCGGGAGGCAUCGCGGAACAGCAGAUAAUCCUGCGCGCUGUGGGUCUCGAAACCUGCACACGAUGACAACACAACCACCUCAGAAGGUCAUCUAUCUGUGCAGGUCAGGUGGUGCGGCUGGCUGCAUGGCCGUUUUGUUUUACACACCGGGUAGAAAGGCGAAGUAUUUGAGUUUCUUGGACACGGCGAGUGGCACGACGGUGGGAUGGGCACGGGAACGCAGAAACUGCAGCGAACGCCGCACUGUCCUCAACAAAUCAGACCGACGCACACACCUGACACAACGCACACAAACACACACACACCGACACGAGCCCAUCUGCCGGUCCCCGCCGUCCGCCCUCCUCCUUUGUGUGUGUACCUGUCGCCUUGUGUCGUUUCGUACUCACAAAUGGUAUUGACGAGCCUCUCUGCCGCCGACUCGUCGUCGAACUUUUCUGACGACUUGAGGGCGGCGGGCCUCCUCUCUGUCCACCGCAGCAUGGCGCUUACGACGCUCACUCGAAACUCAUUUCAUCACCAGAUCAUCUAAAAAAUGCCACAUCUUCCACACGCC